UGCGCCGCCGGCCAGUGCCGCGCGACGCGUCCGGUGCGACAUCGCUCUCUUGCACUUUAAAUUGUGUCCUAAAUAAAUCACAUUGCGACAUCUUUGCCUUUUAACUCUUUUAAUCAUGCCUCUACCGUUUAAUAAAACUUUAGAUUUAAAAUUAAUAGAGCUAGUGAAGGAAAAUAACAUUCUCUACAAUUCGAAACAUGCUAAAUACUUGGAUUUCGAUGCGAGAGAAGUCAUCUGGCAGAAAAUCGGAGAUGCGCUCGGCAGGCCUGCUUUGGUAUGCAAAUCUCGUUGGAUUAACAUGAGGGAUAUGAUGCGUCGUAAAGUCCGAGAACGUCUCCGCAACCCGAACCAGCGCGUAUACAACUACAAAUACGAAGAUGAACUAUCAUUCAUGUUGGCUUACUUCAAAGAGUGUAACAAUACUACCGAAGACUACGCAAGCUUUAUGGAAACCACCGCAGAAGACUGCGAUAUAGAAAUGCCGGCGGAAGUAUUCGUUGAUGGUGCAGAUUUUGAAACUAAUGAUAGAGAAAUGAAGCCAAAUUUAACAAUAAUGAAAAGAAAAGAACAAGAUAAUCAUGAAAUAUACCAAGAUUUGAAUCCUGCGGAUCCUUUAGAUGUUUUUUUAAUAACAAUCGGUACGACUUUAAGGAAAUUCAGUCCUUAUUACUUAAAUCAGGCGAAGAGUAAGAUUUUUCAAGUGGUUCAGGAUUACGAGCUGCAGCAGAUUGUAAAUAAAGAAGACCAGCCUUUAGAUAAUAAUAGAUAGGGAUUAUCUUUAGGUAUAAAAUCAAACUUACAGCAAACUUGAUUGGCUAGUUAUAGGCGUCGCGGAUUUCUUUUAAGAUUUUUUGCCAGACCAGAUAAAUCUUGUACUAUUCAACUAAUGCCAAUGUGUUGAGAAAUUUUCGAUUAUUCGAAAUCAAUACUUUUAAUGUAUACAUGUAUACUCUAAUUAUACGUAAUAAUGUUAAAGUUUUUUUAGUUUAAGUAUGUGAUUUAAAAAGUGCAAUGAUUUUUUUUGGU